AUUCAAGGUGCUGGUUGUUACCUGUUCAUGGUAUAGGGCCAGGUCAUUUGCAGGACCACUUCUCCUUGGUGGUUUCUACCCAUCCUGCUCAAUCCAGCAGAAGAGGCAUGCUGCAAGUCCUAUCAGUCGAAGAAUGUUGUCUUGUGGUUCUCAGGAAGAUUCUGGGCUGUAUCUGAAGGAGCUCAUUGAGCCGGUGUUGACAUGCUUCAGUGAUGCUGACAGCCGGUUGCGCUAUUAUGCCUGUGAGGCCCUGUACAACAUUGUGAAGGUGGCCAGGGGCUCCAUCCUCCCACACUUCAACGUGCUCUUUGAUGGCCUGAGCAAGCUUGCUGCAGAUCCAGAUCCAAAUGUCAAAAGCGGCUCUGAACUUCUUGAUCGCCUUCUGAAGGACAUCGUGACAGAAAGCAACCGAUUUGACCUGGUGAGCUUCAUUCCCUUGCUGCGUGAGCGGAUUUACUCCAACAACCAGUAUGCUCGUCAGUUCAUCAUUUCCUGGAUUUUGGUGCUGGAAUCUGUUCCUGACAUUAAUCUCCUGGAUUACCUGCCAGAGAUUCUAGAUGGACUCUUCCAGAUCCUGGGCGAUAACAGCAAAGAGAUCCGUAAAAUGUGUGAAGUGGCUCUGGGGGAAUUUCUCAAAGAGAUCAAGAAGACCCCUGCCAGUGUCAAGUUUGCCGAAAUGGCCAACAUCCUGGUCAUUCACUGCCAGGCCUCUGAUGAUCUCAUCCAGCUGACCGCCAUGUGUUGGAUGCGGGAAUUCAUCCAGCUGGCUGGCCGGGUGAUGCUUCCGUAUUCUUCUGGGAUCUUGACGGCCGUCCUGCCCUGCCUGUCCUAUGACGACCGCAAGAAGAAUAUUAAGGAGGUGGCUGCUGUAUGCAAUCAGAGCUUGAUGAAGUUGGUGACACCAGAAGAUGACGAAGCAGACGAGUGUAGGGAGCCCACGCCAGCCCCCCAAAUAGAAGUGGGCCAAGAAGAGGCUGUCCCCAAGCCAGAGCAGGCCUCAAGUGGCUGCCUGGAUGCCUCUAGCGAGUCGGAUUUCAGCAGCGCCAGCAUCUUCGUCCCGGCCGGCAUGGAGAGGAGUUGUGUGACCCUGAACCUUGAUGGAAUUGUGCAGGUCCUGGAUUGCCACCUUCAUGAUUCAACCACUGGGAUGAUGACACGAAUUGCAGUCUUGAAGUGGCUGUACCACCUGUACAUCAAGACACCUCGCAAGAUGUUCCGGCAUACAGACAGCUUGUUCCCUAUCUUAUUGAAGACCUUAUCAGAUGAUUCUGAUGAGGUUAUCCUCAAGGAUCUUGAAGUCUUGGCAGAGAUUGCAUCCUCUCCAGCUGGCCAAGUGGAAGGCCGAGGGCUUCCGGAGGGCUCUGGGCCACGAGUGGAACAACUGGACUUGCCUCUGCCCUCUUCAGCCAAAAGUAGCCAGGCUGUCCCCACUGGAGCCAAGAGCAUGGGGUGCUCUCCAUCUACCCCAACAAUGAAUUCCUACUUCUAUCAGUUCAUGAUCAACUUGCUCAAGAGGUUCAGCAGUGAGAGGAAGCUGCUAGAGACCCGGGGAGCUUUCAUCAUCAGGUCAGCCCAAACCACAUCUUCUCUUGCCUCUGAGUGGUUUUUCCUUCAUGUGUCACUGCUGUUGGAGUCUCCUGCAAGCUCCAUGAUAGGCUCUGGGCCAGGAGUGGUCCUCUUCUGGAGCUGGUGCCAGCAAGAACAGCUUCUAGCUUCCUGACCAUCAAGUUAGCAGCAGCAUAGUUCAGGUUCUCAAGGGAAGGAAAAAUCUGCCAGCACCUGCUAAAGAGUCUAAAAUUACAUGCCUGUUGUUUGGGAAAUGCUCUUCGACAGCUGACAGACUAUUCUGAAAUCUGGAAUCAUCCUGAGAUAAAUUCCUCUGGGUU